AUGAAUUUGUGGAUUAAAAUAUCUUAUAUAGAUCUUAUGUGAACCGUUGCUAUUUCAUCAAUUUUUUCAAUUUCUCAGUAUCCCUUUAAGCCUCUGUGAUUAAUAGCAUGGACUAUUUUGAUGGCAAUUGUUGUUUUCAUCGAAAUAAAACUGUAUUCUUCUAUACUUUUUGAUCAAGAUAAAAUAGGCACUAGUAUCCUUUUUAUAUUUCAGCUAAGCAGCAAAGUGGCAUCUAAUACAGUCAAUAAAAGCCUUAAGGACUGCACAAUGAAUAAGUACUUAUAUGAUGACAAGAAGGCAAGACUUUUUUAUGCCCUGUAG